UUAUUUUGAAGGUUUCCUCAUUACCAUAGAAAAGUGACGUCAUCGCCAGUACUGCUAGCAGAAUAGUAGUGGGGGAGUGCGAACCGAGGGUAGUGAAGUAGGAGAGAGGAUGGUAAAUUAAAAACGCGAUCAUCGAUGAAUUAAGUGUGUGUGAGAUGGAGCAGCAAAACCAUUUCAAGCAGCUGUUGCUGCAGCUCAACCAGCAGCGAGCCAAAGGGUACCUGUGUGAUGUCAUCAUCGUGGUGGAGAAUGCGCUGUUCCGUGCCCAUAAGAACGUCCUGGCGGCCAGCAGCGUCUACUUCAAGUCGCUGGUCCCCCACGAUAACCUGAUCAACCUGGACACGGAGAUGGUCAGCCCCUCCGUCUUCAGACAGGUAUUGGACUUCAUCUAUACAGGUCGUCUGUCCAGUUCUGACUCUGUCAGUGACCACAGUGUCUCGUCCCUCCUGACCGCCGCCUCCUACCUCCAGCUGACCGAACUAGCUGCUCUCUGUCGGAGGAAGCUCAAACACAACGGACAGACCCCCUCCAGCUCCAACAAGUUGACCACCUCCCCAACCCCCAAUGGACACACCCCUGGCCCCCUCCGCCUCUCCUCCACCCCCCUCAGAGCAACCCCCAGCCACCAUAACAACCACUCAGGGUCCAGGAAGGGCAACCUGAGGAACCAGAGAUGGGGCCAGGAGGGGAGGCUGAGAGAGGAUCUCUCCGAGGAGGAGGUGUUUAUUUCGGGCUCGCGGUGUGCUUCCCUCAGCCCCUCUGGAGGAAGUAGGGUUAAUGGGCUGGCUCUAGGACUGGACCUGUCCAAGAGGAGUCCAUCAGGAAGCACCGCCACAGAGGAAGUGUCCCCCAGCAGUCUCCCCCAAAGCUCCUCCCCCCACUCCUCAUCUGUUUCUCCCACUCCUCCCACCACCGCAGAGCCUAGGGAGAACCAGAGGCAGCUUCCAAAUACCUCCACAGACCUCUUGCCUAGGGCCCCUUGCAAGAGACCCCGACCCCACAGAGAGGCCACCAACCUGGGAGAGACGGGCAAGGCACUGCACAAGGGCCUAGUGAAGAAACCAGGGGCCCCAGGGCACGAAAAGCUGGUCAGAGGGGAUAGAGUGACCCCAGAGCUGGAGGAUGGGGAGGUGGAUGGAGAGGAGAAUGGCCAGGACCAGAGUGAAGAGAGUGGGCACAGUGGGAGUGAGGGAGGAGGAGGAGGAGCUGGAGGUAAGAGAAAUGGGAACACCAACUAUAUCUACCGUCAGCCCCAGCCAGGGUUUGAGCCAGGUGUGGGGGACAAUCUGUACGUCUGCAUCCCCUGUGGGAAAGGCUUCCCCAGCUCCGAGCAGCUUAACGCCCACGUCGACACACACACCCAGGAUGAAAUCUACAUCGAAGAAGAGGAGGAAGAAGAAGAGGAGGGUGGUGGAUACCUGAAGGACGAAGACCCUGACAUCUAUGCAUCACGGGGAGUGGAGCCUGGCGCUGACGAACCUCGGCAUCGUUGCACAGUCUGCAGUAAGACCUGCAAGGACGCGGUGUCGCUACGGGAACACGAGAAGAGCCAUUGGCUGAACCGGCCGUUCCCCUGUAACAUCUGUGGCAAGUUGUUCACCCAGCGAGGCACCAUGACCCGCCACAUGAGGAGCCACCUGGGCCUCAAGCCCUUCGCCUGCGAGGAGUGCGGCAUGCGCUUCACACGCCAGUACCGUCUCGCCGAGCACAUGCGGGUCCACUCGGGGGAGAAGCCCUACGAGUGCCAGCUGUGUGGCGGAAAGUUCACCCAGCAACGCAACCUCCUCAGCCAUCUAAAGAUGCACACCUCUCCCUCAUAGAGGACACUUCACCAUGGUUACUACAGCUGGACCACAGCUAUCUGGGCUCUAUUAAGCUGUCUGCCUCAUCUUCAGAUGCUAUCUGGUGUUGCUGUUACCCAUAGUACCUCCUCACCCUUGUAAACACACCUGGGUUCUACCUCAACUUUAGAAACUCACCUUGAAAGGAAUGACCCCACCUUUAUAACCACUCCUCCUGAGUAACUCUGCUCCUUUACUUUAUCUCAACCUCUUAACAACCAUCACCCAUACCUCAAAUCAAACAUCACCCAUACCUCAACCUCAUAACAACCUUCACCCAUACCUCAACCUCAUAACAACCUUCACCCAUACCUCAACCUCAUAACAACCUUCACCCAUACCUCAACCUCAUAACAACCUUCACCCAUACCUCAACCUCAUAACAACCUUCACCCAUACCUCAACCUCAUAACAACCUUCACCCAUACCUCAUAACAACCGUCACACAUACCUCAACCUCAUAUCAACCAUCACCCAUACCUCAACCUCAUAUCAACCAUCACCCGUAACUGAACAACUAUCACCCAUAGCCUCACCCAUGACAACUGUUCCUCUGACUUGCCUCAACCCCAUUUUACUAAUACCAACCAUUACGUCACCCUCAGAACCCCAUCUUACUAAUACCAACCAUUGCAUCACCUUCAGAACCCCAUCUUACUAAUACCAACCAUUCCAUCACCCUCAGAACCCCAUUUUACUAAUACCAACCAUUACGUCACCCUCAGAACCCCAUCUUACUAAUACCAACCAUUGCAUCACCUUCAGAACCCCAUCUUACUAAUACCAACCAUUCCAUCACCCUCAGAACCCCAUCUUACUAAUACCAACCAUUACGUCACCCUCAGAACCCCAUCUUACUAAUACCAACCAUUACGUCACCCUCAGAACCCCAUCUUACUAAUACCAACCAUUACGUCACCCUCAGAACCCCAUCUUACUAAUACCAACCAUUACGUCACCCUCAGAACCCCAUUUUACUAAUACCAACCAUUACGUCACCCUCAGAACCCCAUCAUAAAAUCCACAUAGAGCCAGCCAGCCAGAUGUACUGGCCAUCUCAGGGUCAACACACCACACCUCGCCAUCUGCCAAAGACUCCUUCCCAUCCCAGGUGGCUCAAACGUGUUUUGAUGAUAGCUUUUAGCAUCCAACCAAACUUGUCCUCCCAGGGUGUCAGUUCUGUGCCUCCAGGCUGCUGUAGCUGUCUCUCGCUGGUCAAUGUGUGACCUCAAUGCCUCUACUACCUCAUUAUAAGACGCAUACUGGACCCCAGGCAUGACUGGCUAACAGUCAGUAGUAAUACUAUGUUCUCUAGCUAGAUGGAACAGGUUAGUCAGCCUAUCCUCUGUGUAUAUAAUAAUAAUUUUUCACCUCCACAUACACAGCCUGUUUGAAACUUGCCGUUAUUAGAAAUUGAUCAGGGGUAUUCUUAACGCAAUGAUGUUUACUUUACUGUUGGUUUACAGGUCAGGGUUUGUAUUUUAUGUGAAGUCUUGAAAAAGCCAAACUUGGGGGGGUUAAAUGUUUUGAGAACUUAUUGCUACGCUUUUGUGAAUGUUUAAACUGGGUAUUUCUACUUUGGGCCUGGGAGGGGUGGGGAUAUUUUCUGUGAGGCAUCAUACUCUGGUGGUACUGUUGUGUUUUGUGUGUAGUGUUUUUUUUUCUUUAAAAGGCUGGUCUACUGAGACAGGUGGCCAGUAUCCCUGUAUUAAGUUUGCUUUUGGUUUUCAACAAGUUCCUCCUAUCUCUUAAAGAGAUUCUCCGGUACUUUUGUAUACUUUUUAGCUAGUAGUUCUAAAAGUCAUGCUCACCAGCCAAAAGUGGUCCCUGAAAAAUGCUUACUACGUCACUGUAUGUGCAGAUAUGUUCACCACGUCAUUGCUCUCUUGCGCUGCUGUGUGUGCAUCUUGCUAGCUGUCACUCAAAUGGCGAGGGACUGAAGCUCAUUGGCUAGAACUCAAAUUGCAAGCGGGCUGGCCCACAUGGGAGAAAAUGUAGGGAAAAUGGCACAGCACAGUUUCCAGAAAAACGGUCGCUUUCAAACUAGGGAUUUCGUGGCAAAUUGAGGUAAUAUAGUAUUUCUGCUCAUAGAUUAUGCAUGUAUGAACUACAUAUUGACACAUCCAGCCCAAAGCUGGAGAUUUAAAAAAACACUUAGCCAAAGUUCCAGAGCAUGUCUUUAAUGCUGUGAGGAGAGCAUAGCUUUCUGGACAGUGUAUUACUAGUGUAUGACAGAGCUGAAACUGCUACGAGAUUGUAUAUUGAAAUCCAAAGAGAACGAAUACAAAACCAACAAACUUAACAACCAAAGUCUUUCAGUGUCAAAGUGAAGUUGUACCCAUGUUAUUAUGUCUACGGUAUAGUCCACUCCUAGUUCCACACAAACAGCCAUGUGGUUGGAAUUACCAAUGUUGAUUGGACCAACCUCACUUUAUGGUCUUACAUUAUCUUUACUCUGUCCUCAGGAGGACUACAUUACAUGUCAUUUCAGACCAAAAAUCUAAGACUGUUGUAUGACUCCGUUUUGGACUAGUAUUUAAAUCCUCUUUCCUCCAUGUUGAAAGAAAGUCAUUUUUACACCAGAAACAUGUAUAUUACUCCUCAACUCAGGAACCAUUGCUGUCAGGGUCUGGCAUCUAUACAGUCCAUAUCAACACUCUCUCUGGUUGUUUUGGUUGAGGCAUUUAGAAUGUAAUAUGUCGACAACUCAAAUGAAAGCGAGCCGAGAGAAACAUGUUUGAGCUGUGACAGGGAUACUUCUGACUCAUAUCUUCAGGGAGUGUUCGUUGUGUUGUCAAACACUGUCAAAUGUCUGUGCGGAAAGCAUAAACACUAGCUUCCUACACAAGAGAUUUUUUACAGGGAGAGGGUGGUGAUUAUCUUCUUUCAAAUAACUGAGUGAUGAAAUGUCAAUUUUACUAUUUUAGCUCUUGAAUGUUAUAUCAGCAUGCAUUUGGUCAACAAACCCUUUAUCUAGUAAGAUUGUUCUAUUUGUCUGUUGCUGUCCCUCUGUUUAGGAAGUUGUUGCAGAAACUUAGUGUUGAUGUCUAUUGAUUAUUCACGAAUGUAUUUAUAAGUUGGAUCCUGUUUUAAGCCUCUUUAUGAUAACUCAGUGGAUGAUAGUCAUGGGCUUUGCUACUUUGUUACUGCUCAUCUAGAAAAAAAUAUGUUAAGUAGCUGCACGGUCAGCGUCUCUGAUGCUGAACGCGAGCGGAUUGACUAGCAAGGAAACGAGCAGUGUUGCGCUAGCUUAGUUCAUUCAGUGUGUGUCGCAGCGUGGAUUAAAACAGACAUGGCAAAGCAAGCUGUUCUGCUAAUACUUCAGUUUCUUUUGGUACUUUCAAAGAUUUAGGACUAUGUUAAUUCAUCAGUUCUUGAUCUGUCCUCGGCUGCUAAUGGUGUGAUAAUAGCCUCCUAGUCAGUUCACCAAUGACGACAAGGCAUAUUGAAUGAAUGGUAGACCUGAACUGAGAAGGAAGAUUGAUUAAUUAAGUCAAGGAUGGAGAUCUGAAACAAGCUCGUAUAGGGGCGGCAGGUGGUUCGAGCGUUGGGCCAGUAACCGAAAGGUUGCUGGAUCGAAUCCCUGAGCUGACAAGGUAAAAAUCAGUCGUUCUGCCCUUGAACAAAGCAGUUAACCCACUGUUCAGUGUAAAUAAGAAUUUGUUCUUAACUGACUUGCCUUGUUAAAUAAAGGUUACAUUUAAAAAAUAUAUAGGCCUUGUUCAGGUGUUCCAUGAUUAUUCCAUUUACAGUAGACUAGGUCUACUACAUUGCAUCUAGUAAUUGAACUAGGCCUAUUCAGAAUUUGUCGGCCCCCCCCUUACAUUUUCACUAUACUAUCCAUAUAACGACAGCUAAUAGAAUAAUCAUUACCCCUAAAUUUAACCUAUUAGAAAUGUUACAAAGUAAUUGAGAACCACUCUAAAUUCAGUCAGGAUCAACUACUGCGUUGGCUACAUUGUAUUGAUAUAAUUUAAUUCUCUAAGUUUCAGAAAAUUGCAGUUUUUCAAAAAAAGCUAAACGCUCCAACUUUCAGAUGGGGUCACCUCCCCCUCACCUGACCUCAGGCCUACAUUAACACCUCCUUGUCAGAAAAUUCUAGGGAGAUCCCUGGUUUGUAAACUUCUUAACCAAAACCAAGCACCGAUGAGUCUAUAGCCUACCAUUCGUACUGAGGCGGUCUUCUGCCAACAUCAUUAUCGGGCUAAAAAAGAAAGGUACAUUUGUCUCGGAUCUGAGCGUGGUGUCGCACACGAGCCGUCGUGGGGUCCAGGGGCGUCGCCGUCUCGCUGAAGUGUAACUCCUAAAGAUUCUUUAAGGUUGGCAGGUCUGGGCUAAGUUAACCCCAAACAACUUGACUACAUUGUGAGAGUGCCAUAGUAUGAUAUCUUUGGUGAAAUGUCCCUUUUAAAACAUGAAAUAGCCAUAAACCACGUCAAGCUCCGAGCCCAAGACACUGGAGAUGGGGGGAAUUUAAUGUACUGCUCCUGAGGCGUUUGAUGUGUUUUAUACCACUUUUAUCCCAAAGUAAGAAGAAUACAAAGAUGACAUGUUUUUACUGUGCUGCAUUGUUUCCUGUGCUUUUUUUGUUUGUUUUGUUUUUUGAGAAUGUGAUCUGUGUUUAUUGUCAUGUCAUCUGUUUUAUAUGCUAGUUUAUCCAUUGGAAUGGGAACCCCAACUCGUGGUAGACACUAUGUAUUGUAUCCUACAGAAAGCAUUGUUUUUUUUCCAAAGCAACUUCUGUUGAAGGCUGGUAUUGUUACUAGUACAGAGAUGCUUCUUGUUUAAUCUCUAUCAGAAAACCAAAGGUGUCUAUGGCAGCUUUAAUAUGUACGUAGUAGUCACACAUGCCACUACAAAUCCAAACCAAGCCACAAAUGAAUCCACCCAAAAGCAAUGUAAUUCCUAAGACUACUGGGCUAAAACCACGUCAAAGCUGCAUCUAUGUAUUAAUUUACUUAUCUCUGUUUUUGUAGAACAAGUUUCUCUGUUCUACAAAAUAUUUGCUCAAUUAUAUUUUCUGUCUUAAUUGAACAUGCUUGCAGACAACUCCAAAGUUGUUUUAAUUCCUCAGUUUGUGUUCAGGAGUUUCUUUAUCCGUGUGGCUCACACACUGCACCGUCACAUGAUUCAGAAUCCACUGGUCAACCUACAGUCUUAAUGUACAGAUAUGGGAAUGGAAUCUAAUAACAAUAUUUUAAUUAAACUUGAUUAGAAAGAA